AUGACCCAGACCGAUGUGUUAGUGAUUGAUGAAUGCUCAAUGUUGAGCAAGAGACUGUUUGAAUCUCUUGAUGAAGUGUGCAAAUUGAAGGACCAAAAGCAUUCAUUUGGUGAUAUUCAGUUGGUGACUUUACUCAACUGCCACCAGUUCCCAACCAGUUAUAUGGAGAAGAAGGGUGCACCAGUUAUAUUGCUUCGUAACUUGUCGGAUAAAUUGGUUAAUGGUCUGCGUGGUCAUGUGUAUGAUAUCUACGAAAUAGGACCAGUGGUAGAAUUUCCUACUUUGAGCAUUAAAGUGCCACUUGAAAAGUUGAGAUUUUCAGUUUUCAGUCCCUCAAGAAACACCGACGUGGCCUUAAGGCUUCAGUAUCCAGUAAAACUCAGCUUUGCUAUGAGCAUACACAAGUCACAAGGCUUAACACUGGAAAGUUUGGAGAUUGACUGUCGCCAGAUCUUUAAGCCGGGACAACUUGGCGUUGCUCUUGGUCGAGCUCGGGAAACAAAGGGUCUGCGAGUGAUCAGCUUUAAUGCAAAACAGAGCGUGAUCCCUCAGCCUGCUACUGUCACAAACUUCCUGCAAAAAUCAUCUGCUGGUUUUGAAGAGGACAGAAGUUGUUGCAACAAUAAACAGAAAAGGUAUAUGAUUAAACUAUUUCACUUACCAAAGUUCAUAGCUCAGAAUUGA